AGUAAAAAUGCUCAGCUACCGGCCGGCCUAUGAAGGACAGAAAUUUCCAUUAUAUACACGCAUGAAAUCUUCCUCUCUUCUUCGCGUAGAAUUCCCUUUGUUUAGAUCAUAAACCUGUGCAUCGAUAUCCUUUCAUGGAAGCACACAAUUACUUCUCCAUAUUUUCUUUCCUUCUCCUCUCCUUUGUCUCAGGUCAUGAGCAGUUGGUGCAGCUGCCGACAGAUAGCCUUGCCUUGGCUAUGAGACCCAACAAGCUCUUUGUAUUUGGUGAUUCGUAUGCAGAUACCGGCAACCUCGAUUUUCAAGCCUAUUCUUGGAAUGAUCCGUAUGGAAUCACAUUUCCUGGUGUGCCGGCCGGUCGUUUCUCCAACGGCCGUGUAUUUACAGAUUUCUUAGCGGAGUACUUGAAAAUCGAGACACCACUUCCAUACACGUUAUGGGCCUUCUUGCAACGAUUCACUAAUACAAACAUACAAUUACAACAAUGCUUGGAUGAGGAGCUGACAUAUGGAAUGAACUUCGCAUAUGGAGGGACAGGCGUGUUUGCUGAACGACCAAACAUGACGACUCAGAUCGAUUACUUUGAGUAUAUCGUCAACCAGUCUGUGUACACUGAGAGCGAGCUCAACUCUUCUAUGGCCUUUGUCAGCCUCGCAGGCAAUGACUACUCAAUACUACAAGGGGUUUAUGAGACCUUGGACGAAUUGGAAUCCUACGUUAAACAAGUGGUAGAUCAACUUGCAAUCAACCUGAAACGCAUUUAUAACUUGGGAAUUAUGAAAGUAGCAGUGAAUACCCUGGAACCCUUAGGCUGUCUCCCUGAGAACGCCAUGACAUUUCAAGAGUGCAAUAGAACCAUUAACGUCCUUUCCGACAUCCACAACCUAUACCUGCGAGAAGCUGUGUACAAAUUGAACAACGAAACCAACAGCACUUCCAACUUCAUCACUCUUGAUCUUUACACUGCAUUCAAUACUGCUACUGCAACGUUUGAGAAUCCAUAUGAGGCAUGUUGUGUUGGAACAAGCAGCGAAUUAGUGUGUGGAAGUGUGGAUGCGAAUGGGGAAAGGCAGUACACAGUGUGUGAUGAUCCUAAUAUCAGUUUCUUUUGGGACUUCGCGCAUCCGUCGCAGCGGGGGUGGGAAGCUGUGUUUUCUACUCCUGCUAUGCAGGAAAGUCUGGAACAAAUUAAAAGUCUCUCUCUAAAAUUUAAGUAGGAUGCACUUGGAUUCUAGCUUUUAUGUGUAAUAAAAAGCUUUCUUGCACGUUUUGAUGGGAUUCGAUGUAUUAACGCUGUUGUGAUCGCACCUAAGAUAGUAUGUAAGUUAAAACUAUUUAGACUUACUGAUUGGUGAUCUAUCCCAACUCACGGUUCC